UCCUACACAUGUAUUAUGAAUUUAAAUUACAAAUUAUUUUGCAUUAUAUUUUACAAACAAUUAAACAUUUUUAUACAGAGCACAGCAAGUUAUGUUCCCAUCAAAAAUCCUAGUUUGACUUCUGGUACAGAGAGUGAUGAUUCAGGAACUGCUAAGCCAAAAAAUAAAGUUGUUCGAUUUAACAAAGUUGCUGAGGUUAGACAUUUAUCUGAAACAGAAGCUACAGAAGCAUUAAUGGCUCGUUUAUCUUAUGCUGCUACAAUAAGAGCACGAGAAAUUUGUCGUUUAUCUAGGCAAUUACUAAAUCUACAUCAAACUGCAAAGCUAGCUUUCACRGUAGCUCCACUUUGGGGUGUUGCUAAUUUAUUACAUCAAUUGUCUAUGGUUUACAUGGAACAUAAUCUAGUGUCUGUUGUAUUGUCCACAACUAGUUUUUUCACUCUUCUACUAUCUCUAUUUUUUGUUACACCUUCAACAGAUCGUUUUACAGUUGCUAAACUAUUAACUGUAUUAUUCAGCAUAACUGGAAAUGUUAUAAUUACAUUACCUGAUUCUCAUUUUAGUUUUAGUGAAAUUAAUGUUGGAUUUGCAUUAUCCUUAUGUAGUGCUAUAUUUUAUGCAUUAAAUAUUGUUACAUUACGAUCUUGGGUAGAUCACGAAGACAAAUUGGACAUCAUAUUGUACUUUGGGCUUGUUGGUCUGUUUAAUGUUCUUAUGUUUUGGCCGCUUUUUAUUUUUCUUCAUUACUUUGAACUUGAAACCUUUGAAUGGCCUAACAAACAACAAGCAAUAUCACUAUUCAUAAAUGGAGUCAUAAAAGCAACAUUGCCUGAAGUCAUAUGGUUAUGGGGAUGUUUGCUGACAUCAUCAAUUAUAGCAACAAUGUCUAUAGGACUAACUAUACCAAUGUCUUUAAUGCUGUCUGGCAUCUCCAGUCAAAACAAGUCUGAUUAUGAACGUUUUUUGUUACCAUCAUUUUAUUUAGGUUUAGUUCCUACAACUUUUUCUUACUUUUCUCUAAUAUGGUUAACCUACCGAUUUAAUUAUAAUCAAAAUGAAUACAAUUGUCUAAGCCGUUGCCGGAGAAAAAAUUUAAUUAGGCUUAGAGAUAGUGAUGCUGAACAAGCAGAAUCUCUUAUACAAAUUCAUGAAACAGACAAAGAAGUAUAAUAUAAAUUAUAUGAUUUAUUUAGAAACUUCCAAGUUACUCACCAGGAUUAAUUUUUUUAGUAUUUUUACCUCUUUUUGUGCAAUGUAUCAUUAGACUUAUUUACAUUAUUUAUUUACAUUAUUUAUUAUGAGUUAUAUUUUUGAUCCAGAUUAAAAUUAAUAAAAAUGCCAAUAUUAUUUUUAAUAUAUUGUUUUAAGAUUCCUACUUUCAUGAUUUACACCAUAAAUUAGUAUUAUCUCAUCAGUAAAUAAAAUUUAUUUUACAUUGUUUAUUUUGUAUAAUAAA